AUGACUUGUGGGCCAGAUGUCGCCAAUUUUAAGAUCUGCCCGCUGACCAUUUGCAUUGUCUCUCAGACGAAUUUGUCCGCCGUCGUAACGAAGAGGUUGGAGGAUAGUUACAACGAGGACACGGAAGCCGUGGCCUCCAUCUUCAUCGGGGCGGACGUGACAUCGAGCGGCACCGCCUUCGUCGAGGACGUCCUCACCAGCGUGUUCCUCCAGCUGUCCGCCAAGUACGCCGACGUCGACGGCGACAUGGCGAAUGCGAAGUAUCAGCUGUACAUGGAGGCCUGGAAACACGGCCACCGCGACCGCCACCGCAUCCGUCUGGUGCGGGAGGCGCUGUGCCUGCGUCUCGACAUGCUCGAGAACAAGUUCCUCAUCAUCGACGACUUCGACAGAUGCUACCCCGCCGUUGACCUCUUCCUCGAGGACGAGCUGUCCCACUUGGCGACCAAGGGGCUCAGGGUGUUCCUCACCUCGCGCAUCUCAUGCCUCGAGGAAUUCCCGCUGUCAGCAACGUGCGACUGUUGCCAGAAGGAGAGCUUGAAACUCUUUUGGGGAUGCGAGAGCUGUGACGGGAAGGGGGUGCAGCACGAGAAUACAUAUACUCUCUGCGAAGAUUGCGUGUACAAUGAAGAGGCUUGUGAGAAAUGGUAUCCUUAUGGCCACAUUGAUCUGAACCUCAACGACAACGGCCGGGUCGAGCAGUUCAUCAACCACGAUCUCGAAACCGAACACGGAGACCUAGGAUUGGGAAGCUUAACCCCAGAUAAGCUCCCUCCGCAUUCCCGGCUGGGCCGACAGCUUGCGGCCACGGAAAAUGGCAAAGCUCUCUCCGAACUACAAGGCAAACUCGUGAAACAGGCCGAAGGCAAUGUCAGCCUCGCGCGUCUCCGCCUUGACAAUGAACACCAGGCGCAGUCAGCGGAGAGCAUAUUCUCGCCGUUGGCAGACGUCCUGCCGGUCAACAUCGUGGGCUUCUUCCGCGCCGGGAUGAGGCGCGUCGAGGAGCAGCCGCCGGAGAGGCGGGACCUGGGAUUCAAGGUGAUCGCGGCGGUGACGCACUACAACUAUGGCCUGGGCAUACCGUAUGAGGCCCUCGACAGGCUCCUUCGCAACCCGACGAAGACGCUCACGAGGCAGCAACCCCUCAGAACACAGUCAGCGCCGGUCGUGUCCGGCGUGAAGAGGAAAGCGGGGCCGGAUCCGGCGCCGACUCACGUGCCGCACCGUAGUCUCGAGGAGAUGCUUCAUGCGGCCUGCGGUUUCGUGGUGAUGGUGCCCCUAGGCAACCGGCCACUCAGGGCCUACUCCGAAGCGUUCCACGAGUACGCGCGGCACUACCACGAGGAUCUGAGGUGGGCGCACGCACAGCUCGACUUUGAUAGUGUCAGGGUCGAUGAGCAGGGCAACGUGGCCGAGCAAGGUAACUUGGUAGAGUUCGGCGUCGAAGGGAUGAAACGCCGCGGGACCUUUCAACUCGCAAAGAGUGGACGAGAAGGUCAAAAGUCUGAUCAGAACAUGAAGCCGUUCAUCCCGCAAAAGAGCGACGGAGGUUUCAGGUCUUCUGCUUUGAAGAGGCAGGAGUUCAAGAGGCUACGUGGUGCCGAGUUCAAACUUCCUGUCAUAUCUGAUGCGUUCAGAUUUGAUUCCGCCGGGCCUGUCAUUAUGCCUACAGAUGCAGUGGCAGACGCGGCGAAUGUGACGGCCCCCAAGAAGAAGAAGCUCUCGAGAGCAUCUACUCAGGCAUUCGUCUGA